ACCAGGCUCUGCCGCAUCAAUUUUACCUCCCCGUACCGUCAGGAGCCACUUCCUCAGGCUCCAUGGGGUGCAAAAUGAUGGCGCAAGCUUUCAUCGUCUGCCUUCUCACCUUGGCAACGUCCCAUUUGCUACCAUGCACUGCAUUUAUGCGCCCUUUUCCACAGCCGUCGCAUGCUGCACGGGGUUUGGGUGGGGGCCGGCCACGUCAAGGCAUUAUGGUCAUGCAAGAAAGCUCGUCCUCCAAAAAAGGAUGGCCCGUGGGCCGUGCCCUCCGGACAUUUCUCUCCUUCAACGGCCCACGUUUCCUGAGCGGGCGACGGAAGAAGAAGACGAGCGGGGGAGUUGGACUUGCCACGGCUACGACGGUCACCCCGCAAUUAGGCGCUGAUUUGCCCGUAGGGCACGGGAUCGUUCUGGUCACGGGAGCCACGGGUGGGGUCGGCCGCCGCGUGGUCAGCCUUCUGUUGGAAAAGGGGAUACGUGUCCGGGCCCUGGCCCGGAAUGAACAGAAGGCCUUGGCCAUGUUGAAUGGAGGGCAAAAGCCAGAGCCGGGGGCUUUGUUAGAAAUUGUCAAUGCCGACAUCCGCGACCCCGCAGCCCUGACGCCCGAGUUAAUGGAGGGCGUGACCGCCGUAAUCGGAUGCACGGCGGCAAUCGUGCAACCCAAGUCCGGCGACUCGGAGGACCGGGCGAAGUACUACCAAGGCAUUGUCUUCUACGAACCGGAGACGUUGGACUCGCCCGAGGAGACCGAUUUUGUCGGCGUGAAGAAUGUCUUGGCCGCCGCCAGCAAGUACGCGGAUGUGAAGGGUUGCAAGAAAUUGUACAAUUGUGCGCCGGCAUUCAUAGACCGCUGGCAAGACUUCGCGUCCCUCGACGACGUGGUGAUGGGGGGCACCUCGGAUUCGAAAUUCACUUUGGUACCGGGGGCGGGAGAGGCCGGGAACGAGGACAGCCCGAGCCGAAUCGCUGGGGUGUUUGAAGGGAUGGUGACUACUGAGAGGGGCUUUGCCAGCGGGGGGUUCACGUCCGUGCGGACCCGGAAUUUGGAGCCGCCCUUGGAUUUGACGGGCUAUGAGGGCCUGCGCCUGCGAGUCUUGGGGGACGGGAAUACCUAUAAGAUCAUUCUGCGCGACUCAGACCAGUGGGACGGACCUUCCUGGAGCACCAUGGUGCCCACUCAGGCGGGGGAAUGGGCAGAUUUGGACGUGCCGUUCACGUCCUUGAUACCUGUGGCCCGGACACGGAGCAUCCCGGCGGACCAACGUCAAGCCUUUCGCUUGGAUCAAAUCUUUGCCAUCCAGAUCAUGCUGAGUAAGUUUGCCUACGACGGAGAGGUGAACCCGACGUACAAGGACGGACCUUUCAAGCUCGUCAUCCAGUCGAUCGAGGCCUACAUGGGCCCCAGUGCCCCUCGGACUCCUCGAUUCGUCCACAUCUCCUCGGCGGGGGUGGAGCGACCCGGGCGGCCGGGGGUCGUCUUGGAGGAGGAACCGCCCGCCGUGCGCAUGAAUGACAUGCUGGGUGGGAUCCUCACCUACAAGCUCAAGGGGGAAGAGGCGAUUCGCGCCAGUGGUCUGCCGUACACGAUCAUUCGGCCUUGCGCCCUGACCGAAGAGCCGGCCAACAUGCCCUUGGAGGUGGACGUAGGGGAUACCAUCAAAGGGAAGGUGAGCCGUGAUGACGUGGCACGUCUGGCGGUGUACGCCUUGGCGUGUCCGGAGGCGACCGAUUUGACGUUCGAGGUGAAGAGUUCCCUGGCUUUUUCGCAGCAGUGGACGGCGGAAGAUGCGGCCCGGGCCCCUGUGACGGACAUGACUCAAGUGCCGUGCACAAGUGAAGCCGUCGACCUCACAUCUCCCGCGUCCCGCCUACAACUAUUUGCACUUACUUCAGGCAGAGAAGAUAUGGGCAAGAAGAGUGCGCGUGCACUGGCGGCGGCCCAAAGACGUGCCGGCAGGGGAGGUGGACUGACGAGCGAUGAUGAAAGGGAAAGCGUGGCUUCAGACAUGUCUUUCCUUUCACAAGAAACCUUCGAGGCUUCCACACCAGCUGGUGUCGAAGAAACAACGGCGCCAGGAGCUGGUGCAGCUGCGUCAAGUAGGAACAACGGUGAUUUUGCUGACUUGCUUGAAAAGCUGAAUGAGAAGAGGACGACGGCUCGAGAGGAUUGUUUGCGGGAGCUUAUAGCGGGUCUUCGAUCGUACACAUUCGUGGACCAGGCCAUUGCCAACCGGCCCGAGGAGGACGAAAUAUUCAAUCUUGUCCGAGCUCCUUUGGAAUUUGUGAUAACCCGCGGUCAGUCGGAAAGGAUGCGGAUCGAAGCCACCCGCGCCCUGGCCCUGGGGUCGUUCAUAUGCAACACGGAGGAGGAGAGGACACUGGCGCACUUGGCCUUCUUUGAAGCCCUCUUCACCGGGGAGAGCGAGGGAGGGCGGGCGUCGGAGGAGCUAAAAGCGGCGGGUGUAGAUGCCUGGUCCUUGCUUUUUACGGUGGCGCCGAGAGGCUACAAUACCCACGAAUCUAGAGCCCUCCUACUGGAAAACUUCCUCCCUCUCUUGGAUGCGUCCUCGGCGGACCUGCGGGUUGCCGCGGGCGAGGCGAUUGCCUUGCUUCGCGAACAUUGGCGGCAGGAAGGGCUGGCCGUGCACGACGUCUCGGCGGACGAAGAGGAGGUGGUGGACAGCAUUGUGGACCGGCUCCAGGACAUGGCGCGGGAAGGGAGCAAGCGCAUGAGUCGGAAGGACAAAAAGGCCCAACGUGCCUCUUUUCGCGAGAUCUGCUCGGCAGUGGUCGACGGCCAACGUCCCGAGGAAGUGAUUAGCUACCGCACUCGGAGUUUUCGUUUGACUUCGUGGGUGAAGAUGAAGCAAGUGGAGGCCCUCCGGGACUGCCUGCAGGGGGGCUUCUUAACGGCCUUGGCCCAAAAUACCGUCAUCCACGACAUUUUUGACCUCGACCCCACAGCCUUCGACGUGCCCGUGGAACGGAGCGUGGUGGCUAAGAACAGCGAGCUGGGUCGGUGGCGGACCACCACACGGUCCAGAAAUCGUCGGUCCCGGGAGAAGGCCAAGCACCACUUUACCGAGGAAGGGGAGGACGCGUGA